AUGCAAAUUAAGAGUUUAUCUUCCGCUUUUAUUACCAUUAAACGUUUCGGUCGACAGUUACCGACUAAAAUUGUAAAAAAUUAACGGUUUAUCUGCAUCUGGUGCUGAAGACAGAGUCAGACAACGAUGAUUGAUAUCAAAGCUUGGGCGGAAUACGUGGUGGAGUGGGCAGCCAAAGACCCGUAUGGCUUUCUCACCACGGUUAUCCUUGCUUUGACACCUCUAUUUAUCGCCAGUGCCCUGUUGUCCUGGAAACUCGCCAAGAUGAUAGAGGCCAAGGAGCGUGAGCAGAAGAAGAAACAGAAACGACAAGAAAACAUAGCAAAAGCCAAGAGAGCCAAGAAGGAUUGAGCUGGAUGCAAUGGAAUGGAGAGGGGUCACAUUAAUAGUCCAAUCAUCUAACAAAUGGCUCCUGUAUUGACUUCUCAUGACCCAGGAGAGUUUCUAUGGGACCAGGAGCAAGACUGGGCUUAAAGGAGGCCUUACUAAGCUCAUAGAAGGGGGUUGUUUGAUGUAUAUCAAUGUCAGGACUAUAGUACUUUUUUUUACCAGAAUAUUAUUGAUGCUGUUAUUGAUGCAUCGUGUUGCUAAACAUUCUUCUGCAGUACUCUGCAUUCCUUUUUUUACUGUGUUGAUUGAUUUUUCUUUUCCAUUUCCAAGUAAUCCUCAAAACACCUAAUUGUUUUUUUUUUUUUUUUUUAAUAUAAAUAAUAAAGUACAAAAAAAAAGUCUAA